AUGGACAACGAAGAAGAGAGCGCUGGCGAAGAGCUGCCGAAGGGAUGGGAGAAGAGGAUCAGUCGGUCGACCGGACAGGUCUACUACCUGAACGUCUACACCAAAGAGAGCCAAUGGGAUCGUCCGACCACUGAAGCCAACACCAAAGACAACGAGAAGAUCCGCUGCUCUCACCUACUGGUGAAGCACUGCGACAGUCGGCGGCCGUCGUCGUGGAGGGAGGAGAGGGUGACGCGAAGCAAAGAGGAGGCCAUCGAACUCGUGAAUGAGUACAGGAAUCAGAUAGAGUCGGGACAGACCACGAUCGAGGAGUUGGCUCAGGAGGUGUCCGACUGCUCGUCCGCCAAAAAGGGCGGGGAUUUGGGUUACUUCACGAGAGGCGCGAUGCAGAAGCCCUUCGAGGACUCGGCGUUCGGCCUCAAAGUCGGGCAGAUGUCCGAAGCCGUCGAAACCGAUUCCGGCGUUCAUAUCAUACUGAGAACCGCUUGA